CCAUCUUGGCUGUGGGCAGCUCGGCUUCAGGUCGGCAGUGAGCAGCGACCGCCAUCUUGACUGAGGGCAAAAGCGCACGGCCGGGAAGGUGCCAUGGGGAGGAUCGGGCUGCAGCUUCGCGCCACGUUGGAGAACAUCACCCGGCUGCGGGCCGAGGGAGAGGACUUCCGCUGGUACCUCAAGCUGAAAUGCGGGAACUGUGGUGAGGUCUCUGAAAAAUGGCAGUACCUCCGGUUGAUGGACAGCGCUCCUCUGAAAGGAGGCAGAGGAAGUGCCACUAUGGUGCAGAAAUGCAAGCUGUGCUCCAGAGAGAACUCCAUUGAUAUUUUAAGUCAGACAAUCAAGCCAUAUAAUGCUGAAGACAGUGAGAAAUUCAAGACAAUAGUGGAGUUUGAAUGCCGAGGUUUGGAACCAGUUGACUUUCAACCACAGCUUAUUCUUAAACUUACUGCAAAUAUGUUUGCAGGCAGGAUUUGCUGCUGAAGGUGCAGAGUCUGGCACACCUUUCAAUGACAUAAACUUGUUAGAAAAGGAUUGGAAUGACUAUGAUGAAAAAACAAAGGAAUCUGUUGGAAUCUAUGAAGUUACUCAUAAAUUUAUUAAAUGCUGAUGUUCACACUGCUAACAAACCUCGGCAUGCUUAUUAAUGAGGGAGCUGAAGACAUCAGAGAGCUUCACUGGCGUUAUUGUUCACGUCUGAACUUCACAAAUAGAAACCUAAGUAAAAUGCAUUUACUGCCUGUGGAAUGUCUAAUAAAAGAUUUUUCACAGAGAGCUUUGAGAUGGUCUUAGUACACACUUAAAGUUACAUAUAUGCCUAGCUGAUUUCAAAUGUUUUCUUAAUGAGUUUUUUGGGAAUACAUAUGGUUGAGAUGGACUGCUGCUUAGAAUAUUUAGAUGACUCAUUGCCUUGAAGCUUUAAAUAAGUUUAAUUAAUCUCCAAGAAAUACCCACAUUCCAUUCUCUAGCAAAUAAGGUCUUUUCACCACUACACCUAGAAGAUGGCUAAGAGUGUUGGUAAAGAGAGCGUGCUAACUGCUGAAGCAAAGAUGUACAUACUGGACUGUCAGAAAGCUAUAAAAGACACAGAAGUGACUUCUGAAAAUACUUAAUAAGCUUAACUGCUAUUGGCAGUUAUACCUGUUACUCUUUCUGAAAAUAAAGUUACCCUCCUGAAUACAUUAUCAGGUAAAGUAAUUUCUAGUUGCAGACACUUUCUACUUCUUGGCAAGCACUCUCACAGUCUUGCACAUUGUUGCCAUGUUUAAAAAAUAAAUACUUUCUCUUGUUAACUUCA